AUGAAAAUACAAUCUACAAUGGCGGACCGUGAACGUCCUGCGAAAACCCCAAUCAGGGUGGGAUUCUAUGACAUCGAGAGGACCAUUGGCAAAGGGAAUUUUGCCGUCGUUAAGUUAGCACGACAUCGAAUAACUAAGACUGAGGUAGCAAUUAAGAUAAUAGAUAAAUCACAAUUAGACGCCAGCAACCUUCAGAAAGUCUACAGAGAAGUGGACAUAAUGAAGAGACUGGACCAUCCUCAUAUAAUUAAGUUAUACCAGGUCAUGGAGACGAAGAACAUGAUCUAUAUUGUAUCGGAAUACGCGAGCAAAGGCGAGAUAUUUGAUUACAUAGCAAAAUAUGGUCGUAUGGCGGAGCAGGCUGCUCGUCGUAAGUUUUGGCAAAUACUUUCGGCUGUAGAGUAUUGCCACGAGAGGCGGAUUGUCCACAGAGAUCUCAAGGCAGAAAAUUUAUUAUUGGACGCGAACAUGAAUAUCAAGAUAGCGGAUUUCGGAUUCAGCAAUUACUACGCGACUGGAGAGCUGCUGGCGACGUGGUGCGGGUCCCCCCCAUACGCCGCGCCUGAGGUCUUCGAAGGGAAGAGAUACACUGGCCCCGAAAUUGACAUAUGGAGCUUGGGAGUGGUGUUGUAUGUGCUCGUUUGCGGCGCGCUACCGUUCGACGGCUCCACGCUACAGUCAUUACGAGAUAGAGUGCUCUCCGGCAGAUUUAGGAUACCCUACUUUAUGAGCGAAGAUUGCGAGUCGUUGAUAAGAAAGAUGUUAGUCUUGGAACCAAUGAAGCGGUAUACUAUCGACCAAAUCAAGAAACAUCGGUGGAUGGCAGCUGAGCCUUACGCGAUACCUACUGUGAUAGCUGACCCGGCGAGGAGUCCUGCGCAUGCGCCUACACACCACGAACCCAAUGAGCAAGUCCUGCGGCUCAUGCAAAGCUUGGGGAUUGAUCCCGUCAAAACCAAAGAAAGUUUGAGGUCAAACAGUUAUGAUCACCACGCAGCGAUAUAUCUGCUACUUUUGGAGAGGCUACGAGCGCGAGCAGCCAGCGGGGCUGUGUCCAACGUAGAAACCCGCAAUAGGCCAUCGCGCCGGCCAUCUUCUGUAGCAGAUCAAGCACUUGUAAGAGAAGCCCACGAAGCCAGGCGAGAACACCAUAACAGGUUACUUCAUGCUGGUGAAACUCAAUCUAGAGAAUACAGCAGAGCAACCCCAACAAUAUCAGCUGCACCGGCCGAUGCUUCAUCUGCCGAAACGCAGCGACUACUCUCCCUCGCGGGUGUAAACAUGACUGAACAAAGACUGCUCCAGCGAAACUCCGACCCUUCGGACACGCAUCGGAGCUUUUUAGUCGCUAAUCUUGACGUCGCUUCUAACAGAAUUCAUGAAACUGAGUCAACAAGGUUACUAUCAAUGAGAAACAUCGACGUGUCGCAAUCUAACCAAAGGCUAGGUACUAAAUUAAACGAGGCAACUGUUCCUACUCAUAGAUUACUAACAUCUACUUAUGAACAGCAACAAAAUAUACUAAAACAAUCCAGUGAAGAUUGCCGACGAUUGUUACAGCACUCUACUACUGUCGGACCUGAGAGUAAUAAAAGUAACAACGAUGGUACGAGGCUUCUGACGUCAUCUAGUUUCGAUUCAAAAUGUGCUAUUGAUGGUGUAAGAAAUUCUUCUGCCACUGACCAUAAUAUUAUUGCAAAUUUUCUUCAAAACUCGGCAUCCGCGACAAACUUUAACGUUGAAACCGUAAAAUUGCCAAGUUCUACUACAUUCACAAUGUGUUCCGAAGCAGCUAAACUUAUGAAUACUUUACAACAAUCACCGCUCCCGUUAAAAGGUACAGUGAAUCUGAGCACUAGUCCGAUACCAACACAGCUCGCUGAUUCCAAAUUGAGCAGUGUUCUUGAACAACCCAAACCACUUGAAUCGACCAGACUUGUAUCUCAGGCUCAACAGCAAGACUUGAAUCGAUUGCAAACUAGUACACCACCAUUCAAAGACUAUAUUGGUCAUAAUGUAACUAGUUAUUCCUAUUUGCAAAACUCUACUGUACCGCCGAUAUCUAGCACAACGGACACAAAUUUAUCUACAACGGCAACUGGUGCUGGUGAUUUAUAUCAGAACACUUUAUACAGGCCUGAUAGCAAAUUCUCAUUAAAUAGAUAUAACACGGGUGCGCCAUAUUGUCAAGGUUUUCAAAGUAAUGCAACUGAGCCGACAAAAUUUCAACAACAGUAUUCUUCAUCCACCGACGAAGGGUGCGAGACGGAUAUGGAAGACGUAGCGAACGCGCCGAGCGGGGUGCAAAACAGAUUAAGCUCUUACGCGAGCUCCAGUUCCAGCAGCGGCGUCGUCACUUUUUUCAAUAAUAAAAGUCUCAGUCAAAACCUUAGCUGUGAUUCUUCGCAAAGUAACUUCUCGACGUUUGAAAGUCUGGAUUAUCAAUUAUCUGACUGCUCCAGUGAGUUAGCGAGUAGUUUGCCGAGCUGCACGUCCAACGAAGACAAAAUGGCAUAUGAUAAUAAUUCUUUAGUUAAUACUAGUCCGAUGCACCCUUGCGUUUAUAUAUCAUCUUAUAACAAUAAAACAAGCGGAACAGGAUUUAUAUCAAGGCAUAAUCCAUUGAAUUACCAGGCAGGCAAUAAGAACUGCCCACGAGCAAUAACACGGAGUCCAAUCGACUUUAGAGAAGGUCGACGAGCAAGUGAUGGACUAGUAGCACAACAAGCUGCGCAGUCGAAUGAUUCACAAAAAAGUACUUUAGCAUUUAAUAGUCAACGACUCAAUGAAAACUGUAAAGCCAAAGGUGUUCUUGAGUUGCAUUUGGUGCAAAAAGAAGCUCAAAAAUUAAAAACACAAUACCAAUCUACGAUUCCCGCAGAGGAAAUGACGCAGAGACAGAUACAGCAUAAUCAAUUUGCAGCCAGUUUCAGUCCACAUUACUUAGACUCAAAGAAUCCGACUCCAAAACGUAUAAGUCUUCCAGAAAGUUUUAAUUAUUCUAGCACCUCUCCUCCUAUGCCCGCUAGUCCCAAAAUGGUGGCUCAACUUCAAGAACCCCCAGAGGUAACACACGGGACUUCAGUACCGCAGGUCAACAAGCCACCUUUGCAACAACAAUUGAUGCAACAUCGUUUGUUUCAACAGAAAAGACAAUUGUUACAGAAACAGAUGACACCCCCAAAUGUAGGUCCGCAUGAAAUGGGGAUCCAUACCUUACAAGUUGGCCUAAGUAGGCGGCAAAUGCUACGUCAACAGAGCUACAAAAUUGCGCAACAACAGCAAAUACUUCCACCAUUGCCCCUGACAGAAACUGAAAAUCGGGAUCUACUAGCCUUCCAAGCUAUUGUUGAAGGCCCCAGUCGACCAAUCAAACAAAAAUCCGACGAAAAUCCAGAGGAUAUGUCGAAAUUCGCUUAUCAGGGAUCGAUGGAAAUAAGCAUUAUGAAUAAAGAUAGGUUAGGAAAUGAGAAUUGGUCAAAUCUACCGUCCAGCCUGCAGAAUGCUUGCCAGAUAUCAGAGCUUGCAGGUCGACGAGAAGGAAGAGAAACCCGUGAAGGGGAGACAGAACCUGUCAGCCACACAGCCAUGGAAGCUCCACUGUGGCCAGGGCAAUGGAAUGCAGGUCUCUUCCCUCCUCAGCCUUGCUUUCAGGUAUUCCAACAGAUCAAUUAAUUAGAUCUCCGCGCUAAGAGUAGAAAUGUAGACCUGGUAGUGUGGGCUGUGCCCGAGUGAUGUGACGACCGAUCGUACAUUCAACCAUUGUCAGUCGGUAUUCACCCGUAGAAUAUGCUAGAGCAUAAUCGGUCUCAUUGUAGUGUUGUAAAGGACCUAUAAAGUGGGCAUUUAGAAAUUAAUUUCACAAAUAUGGACUUUUUAGAGUGCAUGACAAUAAAUAGUGCUUUAAAGUAUUACAUCUUAAAAUAGACCACAAAGUUAUCCAAUUACUGCCGUUAGUAUAUAAAUACAAAAGUUACUGAAUCAUACACAUAAUAUUAUAUUAAACUCAUUUACUAGAACCCAAAUAUACAAUAUUGUCUCAUUUGUAUUUGCAGUAUACGUAUACAUAUUAAAAUAUUAGUGUGAAACAUUUUUAAAGUUGAUAAAUGCACUCAAUAUUAGAUAUUGUUGACCACAUGUAAAUGUAAACUGAUGUUAAGUGCUCAUUCCUGUAGUAUGAUACAUUUUAUAAUUUAUAAACUCACCGUAGAGGCGUGCUAUUAAUCUAGCGAUUCCAUUUUUAUUCAAGUCGUACUUGCCAACUACCGAACUAAGUAUAAAAAUUGUAUAACAUUUAUAUUACCUGUUCUACAAUACAUCACUUGAGAAUGUUCCUACGUACUCGUAUUUAAUCGUUAGUUCUCUCCAUAGUACAUAAUAUAUUUAUUAUUAGAUAUAAUAAGUUAUCAGUUAUUUUCUUUAUUAAAGUCUGUAUAGUUUUGUUAUUAUUUGCUAAUAAUAAAGUAAUAUAUGUAAGAUGUGAUAGCUUUACUUAGAAGCGAGUUUUAUUUAAAUUAAAUGUAAAAUUUAUUAUAAUA